CGGACCAGGAGGAAAAGGGGGGGAUUGGGGUGGGGGUCUGGGGUCUGAGAGUGUCCCGGGCACAGCCCAGUGAGGGGGUCCCUCCGGUCCUCCCGCUGGUGGAGGCGGAUUCCCCCCCAAUCCCAGCUCUGCAGGGAGGGGGGUGUGGGGUGACCCCCCCCCCCCGCCACGGGGUGAUACCGGGAGGGGGAUCAUUACCGGUUAGUUGGUUAUUACCGGGCGGGAGGUGGGUUAUUACCUGUGCGCUGGUCAUUCCUGGCGUGGGGGUCAUUCCCGGGCGGUGAAUUCCGGGGUGCGGGUCAUCCUCGGGCGGUGGGUUCCCGGCGUGGGGGUCAUUCCCGGGCGGUGGGUCAUUCCCGGGCGGUGAAUUCCCAGGGUACGGGUCAUUCCCGGGCCGUGGGUCACUCCCAAGGCCGCCUGUGGCUUGCAGAGCUCCCGUCCGUGGGGCCGGGCAGGCGCGUCCCCCCCUAUGCGGGCAGGAGCCGGCGCUGGGCCAUGAGCAACGCCACUGCCCCCACGGCCCCGGGCGCGGCGGGGGACUCGCUGGUGGGCUCCGUGCUGGGGCCCUUCCUCCUCCUCACCCUCCUCGGCGCCCUCCUGGCCGCGGUGAUGUACGUCAAGAAGAAGCGCAGGUCCGACCGGCUGCGGCACCGGCUGCUGCCCAUGUACAGCUACGACCCGGCUGAGGAGCCGCCCGAGUCGGAGCAGGAGCUGCUGGUAGAGGCUGAGGAGGCUCAGGUGGUGCCCGGCUGGGGGGGACCCUCGCCCCCUUGGCCCCCACGAAGGGACUGGAGGGCCUGACUCUGCCUGGAGCACCGUGACCGGAUCCUGCCCAUGGGAGGGAAGGGAGCACGGGGGCAGCACUGGUUCCAUCAGCCAGAACGGGCAGGAUGUGCCCACAAUGAUGCCACGAUGCCACCACUGAGCACUGACCAGGAUGGGACAUCUCCUACCUCAGUGCCUGGUUUUGCCAUAUUUUUUUUGCUUGAACUGCUCCAGCAGCCCCUUGGAAAGCACCAGGAGGGCCCACUGGGGCGGGCAGACUGGCAGGGAGCAGCAGGCUCUGCUGGCAUGGGAUGCCUGGGGGAAGAUGGGGUAAAUAAACAUGUCUCUGCCUUGG